AUGGGCUCCAUGGGUGGCUUGGUUACCUCUGCACGAGACAUUAUGGAGUGGCUGGUCAAAUGUGCUGCUUGUGUGGGUAAAAGCAGCCAACCGAUGUCUUGGGUCACUCCCCUAAGUCUGCCGGUGGUGCAGCCGUACCGCGGCAAGUCUACAAAAUUGGUGCCCAUGAAGGUACAGCAUGUGCUGAUUGAAGAUAAUGAAAGGCGACAGGAGGAUGACAUUGCAUUUGCAGCCGUGCAUGACAGCUACUGGACGCACGCGUGUUCCGUGGAGAUUAUGAACCGCCGACUGCGCGAAGAAUUACCAAUUGGUUGUCAAGCUUAUCCAUGA